CAUCAAUUGCGCAAAUGUGAAUUCAUCAACACUAAAUUCAAAACCCAUCUGGGUCCCAAUUUCAAGCUCCAAAUUCUUCAUUAUAUUUACGAAUUCCCCGUUAAUCAUGGCGUCUUUCGGUACUUAUUCAUCUCAUCUCUUUGUAUUUCUAGUUAUACCCAUUUCCCACCUCACCAAAACCUCCAUUCCAACUUUCUUCUUCUUCUUCUUCUUCUUCUUCUUCUUCUUCUUCUUCAUCAAUGGCUGUCGACGACGACGACCAGGGUGGGGAGGAGUAUUUGUUCAAGAUUGUUCUUAUUGGCGACUCUGCCGUGGGCAAAUCUAACCUCCUUUCGCGGUUUGCUCGGAAUGAGUUUGAUAACAACUCUAAGGCUACUAUCGGCGUUGAGUUUCAGACCCAAGUGGUGGAAAUUGACGGCAAAGAGGUUAAGGCUCAGAUCUGGGACACAGCUGGCCAGGAACGGUUUAGGGCUGUCACUUCGGCUUACUAUCGUGGUGCUGUUGGGGCGCUUAUUGUCUACGAUAUUAGCCGUCGGACCACCUUUGACAGUGCCAAGCGGUGGCUUGACGAGCUCGGCGUUCAUUGCGAUACAGCAACAGUGAGGAUGUUGGUAGGGAACAAGUGUGAUUUGGAGAACAUCAGAGAUGUGAGUGUGGAGGAAGGUAAGAAUCUAGCAGAAGAAGAAGGACUGUUCUUCAUGGAGACCUCUGCUCUUGAUUCCACCAAUGUAAGAACAGCCUUUGAGCUUGUUAUUAGGGAGAUUUUCAACAACGUCAGCAGGAAAGUCCUCAACUCUGAUUCUUACAAGGCUGAGCUUUCUGAAAAUCGAGUAAGUUUGGCUGAUGGAGGAGCCUCUUCCAAAAAAGGCUUCUCUUGUUGUUCUCAAUGAGUUUCAUGUUCUCUCUCUCAGUAGUAAAUUUUUUGGAGUUUUAAAAGUUUAAAAGUUGUACCCGAUAUAAUAGGUCUCUAAAAUUUUAAUUUCGAGUUAAUUGUUCCAAACGUUCAAUUUUCAAUUUUGUGGCUAAUAGACACGAUUGAAAUUUGAAGUCUAUUUCCAGGGGCAUAAAACACAGCCUCAGGGAGUUCCUGAUUUAAAUUUGUAAUUUUACCCUCGUUUUGGUUCUACAAGAUAUGAGAAAUGAGUAUUGUUCCAUUUC